AUGAGGAUUUAUUGUGAUGUUUGCAGCAAAGAAGAAGCCACCCUUUUCUGCUAUGCAGAUGAAGCUGUUCUUUGUGAAGCAUGUGAUGUUAGUGUUCACCAUGCUAAUAAGCUUGCUACUAAACACUGUCGUUUCCCUCUUCUAAACCCUAAUUCCUGCAAUGCUUCCCCACUUUGCGACAUCUGUCAUCAGAGACGUGGGUUUAUAUUUUGUAAAGAAGACAGAGCAGUACUUUGUAUGAAAUGUGACCUUUCAAUUCAUAGAGCCAAUGAAUAUACACAGAAACAUAACAGGUUUCUUCUCACCGGUGUGAAGCUCUCUUCGUUAAACCCGAUUUCAUACUGCCCUAAUGGGGUUGAUGAUGAGAGUAAAAGUUUGCAGUGUUCAGCUUCUAACAAUGAAAUCUUAAGCUCUGCUUCCAUUGAGAAACCAUUGGGGGUUGAAGAUAAUUACAGUAACAGUGACAAUACUUCGGUUUCAACCACCAAUAAUAUGUCGGAGUAUUUUAUGGAAACAAUUCCUGGUUGGCUGCUUGAUGAUUUUCUUCACCCUUCUUCACAUGCUAAUGCCUUCUCUUACGGUAAGCUUUAAUUUAACUCUGUUUUAGAUUUUGUUUUUGUUUUUUUGAAGAGAUGCAUGCUUUUGGUGGUUUCUGAGUUUAGGACUUCUGAUGAAGCUAUUUUGAUUGUGGGGAAGAGGUUGAUUUUUUUUAAAGAAAUUUUAUUAUUGUUCUAAAGUUGAGUUGGGAUUUUGUAUCCUUGCUUUGCGGGGAGCCCAGAUGAUUGAAGAAGCUGUCUAAGACGUGUGUUUACAGGGUGAUAAUAUCGUUAGGACG